UCAUUGGGAAGUGGAGUCAUGGCAGAGGAAAAGCAGCUGACAGGAGCCUGCAGGGAGGAGGACAUGCCUCCGCCUGGUGUCGGUCCUCAAGCACCAGCAGAGGAUGACAGAGAAGAUACAUGUGAAAGCUCCAAAAAACAGGCGGCAAAGUCCAGCCCUAACCUACUAAAGAUGCUGAAGGCGGCCGAGAGCAGGUGGAGCCCUCAUCAGAGUCAGAACGGGACAAAGGAGGGGGUCACAGAGGCACUCAAGACUGACAUGCAAAUACAACUGUCUGAGCAGAAGCAAGAAUUCAACAAGCGACCUAUAAAGGCUGUUCCGCGCACGCUGUCACGGUCCAUCUCGCAGUCGUCCAACGACAGCUUCAGCUCAAUGGGCAGUGACUGCUCUGAGGAUGAGGCCUCUCCUAGGAACAAGGUCCAGAAAACAUCCAAGGGCACCUCUGACUUCUGCAUUAAAAACAUCAAACAAGCUGAUUUUGGACGCCGAGAAAUUGAAAUUGCAGAGCAAGAGAUGCCUGCGCUGAUGGUUCUGAGGAAGAAAGCAGAAGGAGAGAAACCUCUGGCUGGAGCCAAAGUGGUUGGCUGCACACACAUUACUGCACAGACUGCAGUUCUUAUUGAGACUCUAUCUGUGUUGGGAGCUCAGUGUCGCUGGGCAGCCUGCAACAUCUUCUCCACUCAGAACGCUGUGGCUGCAGCGCUUGCUGAGGGAGGUACCUGUGUGUUUGCCUGGAAGGGGGAGACAGAAGACGACUUCUGGUGGUGCAUCGAUCGCUGUGUCGGAGCUGACAUCUGGCAACCCAAUGUGAUUCUGGAUGACGGUGGCGACCUGACCCACUGGCUCUCCAAAAAGUACCCGAGCCAGUUCAAGAAUAUUCGAGGCAUUGUGGAGGAAAGUGUAACGGGGGUCUAUCGCCUGUACCAGCUGUCUAAGGCCAGCAAGUUGUGUGUUCCCGCUAUGAACGUCAACGACUCUGUGACCAAGCAGAAGUUUGACAGCCUCUACUGCUGUAAGGAGUCCAUACUGGACGGGUUGAAGAGAACCACAGACGUCAUGUUUGGUGGCAAACAAGUGUUGGUGUGCGGCUAUGGUGAGGUUGGUAAAGGCUGUUGUGGUGCCCUCAAAGCAUUGGGAGCUGUUGUGUACGUGACAGAAGUGGAUCCUAUCUGUGCUCUGCAGGCCUGCAUGGAUGGCUUCAGAGUGAUCCAACUGAGUGAGGUGGUCCGGCAGGUUGACAUGGUCAUCACCUGCACAGGUAAUAAACACGUGGUGGUGAGGGAACAUAUGGACAGAAUGAAGAACGGCUGCAUUGUCUGCAACAUGGGACACUCCAACACUGAGAUAGAUUUGGUGAGUCUACGGACUGCAGAGCUGAGAUGGGAGCGGGUCAGGCCUCAGGUGGACCACAUCAUCUGGCCAGAUGGGAGAAGAAUAGUGCUGCUGGCUGAGGGUCGUUUGCUGAACUUGAGCUGCUCCACUGUUCCAACAUUUGUCCUUUCUAUCACCGCCACAACUCAGGCUCUGGCUCUCAUAGAGCUUUUCAAUGCUCCAGAGGGACGUUACAAACAAGACGUCUACCUGUUGCCAAAGAAGAUGGAUGAAUACGUGGCCAGUCUUCACCUUCCUAGCUUUGACGCCCACCUCACAGAGCUGACCAGCGAGCAGGCCAAGUAUUUGGGCAUCAGCAAGCAUGGACCCUUUAAGCCUAACUAUUAUAGGUACUGACUCACUGGACAUCAAACUGAAGAUCUUCAGACGUUCAAAACUGCCUUAUUGUUUUAAAAGCGUAACUAUUGACUGCUAACUAACUUGAACUGUAAGUCCGGGUUGUUUGUUUCCAGCAACAAUGUUGCUGUAUUUCUUAGUAUGAUGCACUGCUAGAGAUGUAAGAGAGGUUUUUUUUAAACUCAUUAAAUAAAUAGCCACAGCAGUGUGACAAAAUGAGCUCACACCAUGGUUUAUGUAUUUGUGUAAGUUAAUUAUUUCACUCCUGACAGGCCGCACACAAAAAGAUGACAUUUUGUCAGAACAUGCACUCCUACUGUGUUGCCUGUGCUAUUAUUUUUCUGACAAAUACACCGCACGAUGGUGCCUUUAUUAAUCUCAAAGUCAAAUUGACUAGAAAUUUCUUGCACAGCUCAAUGGGCUCUACAAAACACCCGCUGUAAUUUAGAGGUGUUUAGCCGAAUCACCACAAAAUUCGGUACACACCUUUAAGUGACUUGCCAGCCCAUGUCUGUAAAAUUUGAGGAAGAUGGAUUGAAAAACAUGGCCCCCAUCAAGCAAGACGUCUAUGUAGAGGCACAGAUAAAAUCCAAUAAAUAGUUGUCCGUAAAUCAUUGACCAUUUGGCUAAAGGUUAUUAAACGAUGAGGAUAUAUGUAUUACAUGCUAGCAUGUCUUCCAAAGCAUUUUCAACAAAAUACGGCGCCUAAUAUGCCAUUUACAUGUCAUGUGAAAAAAGUAGAUUUGUGUUGUGCUAAUACUAUAUCUCCACAAGAGGGCGUUAUAGCGUGUAACUACGCUGUUGAAGCAAAAUAAAUAACACUGUUAAAAGUGCUUCUUUCACAGCACAUUCUAGACAUUUCAACUACAUUAUGCAUUUAAAGUAUAAUUAUAAACCAGAAAGUCAAUUCCCAAGACAAUAACACACAAAAGCAAUCAAUUUACAAUAAAAACAAAAUGAUGUCCUGUAUUAUCCUGUAUAAAAUGGCUCAUAUGCUUCCAGGCAAAUCACAUUAAAGCUCAGUUUUCAUUCUCAGCUUUCUCUCCAGCUUCAGCCUCAUUAAUCAUAGCAUCCACAAACAGCAUAACAGGGUUAAAUCCUGCAAAGGUCUAAGGACGUCUGUAUGCAGGGAAAUUCUAUUAAAGUUGAUUUUCCCCUGUCUGUUAGACACACAUUUUGUAAAAAAAAAAAAAAAGUAUCAUAUUAGCAUUUAAUUGAUAAACACUGGUAGACAUGAUGUCGUCAUGACAGAACGUCAACACUAUGAUGUCACCAUUGUUGAAUCCUGUGUGUCUCUGAUAAUGAAAGCCUAAAAAUACCACACUAUUCCUGGAUUACUGUAAUCCAGUGUGUGACUGUGUGUUUCUGUAACUGUUCUUUCGGUUCAUUUUUGAGUUGUGUGUGGUCAGAAGGUUUAAAAUGAGUAUAAAAUACAUAAUAUACAUUAAUACAAAUGUAAGGGGUCAUUCGUG